AUGUGUAAAUUAGGAGCUGAAGUAAAAAGGCAAAGCUGCUUUUCCCCCAGAGCCGAGCGCGGAGAUGAGAGCGGCACAUCCAGGCGUGAUCAAGGGCGCCGCGGUGCGCUGAGGCAGCUGCGGCAGCCGUCAGCACUGGCAGCCGCUCCUCCGCAGUCAAUCAUCCAGUACCCAUCAGCCCGGCAACGCUCUGGCCCCGCCCCACGCCGCUCUGGCCCAACGCCGCUCUGGCCCAACGCCGCUCUGGCCCAACGCCGCUCUGGCCCAACGCCGCUCUGGCCUAAAGUACCUGGGGAAGGGAAGUCCUAA